GUGAAAUGUUGCCUGACAGGUCUGAUGGGAGGGCAGGGAGACGAAGUCGGUGAGAUAGAGGCAGCGACUGACAGCUCUAUCAGUCAGAGAGACUCAUAGUGAGGGCAGAAUUGAGACAGCAGAGUGUCAGGCUGAGUUACACCUGGUCACCUCACUGACAUAGAGGGAGGGGCCGUUUAGAACCACUGUGGACUUUACCAUCAAGACCGUCUGGGCCGGCAGAGGGGGAAUUUCCCCUCCAUCUCCUCGUCUGCAGCCUGGGGGCCAGAUGCUUGUUCUGAGAGCCUGAGCAGAACUCAGGAAGACGAGCGAGAGGAAGGGUGGGAGGAGGGCUGAAAAGGGAAAGGAAGAGAAGCAAAGGGGACAGAAGGGGAGCAAUGCUUUCCUACGGUUCAAGACCAACUGUUUCCACCACUACCACCACCACAGAGGACUCUUUGGAGGUUUUAAGAGAGAGGAGGAUCAGACGGCUCAGGUUGACUCUGCAUGCGGGAGAAAAUGGACACAAGGAGGGAAAAACUGCAGACACAAAUGAGGCGGAGAAAAAUGUCAGUGAGACGUGGAAGAAGAAGAACGGGCUGAUUCACAGAGAGAGGCCUGCCGGGAGGGAGUCACCUCAGCAGCACCUCGGAGACGCAACCAAUGGGGUGUCGAGGUCCCCUCUGCAUCAUGGGCCCAAAGUGUACGGUGUGGUGCAGAGGACCAGCGCAGACAGCCAGCCGGAGGUGACGGCGCAAGUGUGGCCGGUCAGUCACCUUCAUGAUGAGAUGAGAUACAUCAGAGAGGUGAGAGAUUCUCUGGAGAAGGUGAGGGAGAGGAUGUACGGCCAGUUUGGAGGAAUGCAGCAAUCAAUUGAGAAGCUGUCACAAGAACUCAGGGUUUCCAAUUCACUAAAAAGAAAUCUGGAGUCAGAGGUCAAGACCCGGAGAACAGCGAUGGACAGUUUCGAUCAGAUGAACAGCUCCCUUAUUUCUGCAAACAUUGACUUACAGAAAUCACUCUUAGAGAACUGCCAGAACAGAGUGGAUAUGAGGCAGGAGGUGAAGAAUCUACGAAGCACCUUUGAAAAAACACAAGAAAAGCUAAUGCACAAAGAGCAGGAGCUGGCUGCAGCGCAUGCCGAAAACCAGAUGUUGAAGCUUCAGGUGGAGGCCUCACGAGAGGCUGGUGCUCAGUCUCUGCGGGAUCUUUCAGCAAAGCUGCAGAAGGAAUAUGAAGAAAAGCUGCAUGAAGAGCAGCAGAAGCACAGGGAGGAGAUCGAAAAGCUGCAGGCCAGAUUGGAUGAGUACAUCAAACGACUGGAGGAAGUUGAAAGAAAUCUGAAGAUUGCAGAACAAAGAGUUGCUGAGAAAGACCAGAGGAUCAUGGAAGUAGAUCGACUUCUUGACUGCAUGGGGAAAGAGAAGAGUCAUCUUCAGUGUAAACUGCAGGAAUGUGAGCAGCGUCUGCGCUUGAUCGAGAUGAAUGACACCACGGAUGCUUUUGCAGCAAAAAGGUCCAAGGAGCUGCGGGAUGAAGCGAUGGGUCUGCGCGAGAGAAUCAAGCACUUGAAUGACAUGGUGUUCUGCCAGCAGAAGAAAAUCAAAGCCCUGAUUGAGGAGGUUCAAUCCUUACGAACUCAAGUCGCUCAGAAGGACAUGUUCAUCUCAGAGCUUCUGGACAGAAUUGCAAUAGUGGAGUGUGAGAAUAAUGAGUUAGAAGACAAGCUGAAGUAUUUUAUGUCCAUACAGAAUAAGCCACAAGAAGUGGCGGAAAAUAGAGACUGUGAUGAGCCCCCCAGACAUGCAGCACACAGGCAUGAGGUUAACUCUGUUCAGUUUCCACCUGCCCGUCUUCCUCCCAUGCAACUCCCACCACUUCCUGAGCCUGUAUCUCCAGUCGAAGCUCCAUCACCAACUCCACUUUCACCACACUCUCAGCCUCCAUCACCCAUCAGCUCUCCAUCACCUGCUGAAAAAGCUGUGCAACCCUCCUCUCCAUCACCUCCAUCCUCUCCCAUCAAACAUUCAUCCCCUUAUUCUACCAUGCACUUCCAGUCCCGCUCACUCAGGCCUUUUAACCCUCCGCCCAGCAGGUUGGAGUCCAGUUUACUGAGGUGUACUCCUGCUCAAUACAGACACUUCCUGCAGUCCUACCAGUCUGCUCCAGAUGUUCCCAGACCGGACGAGAGAGCUGUCCCGACGGGAAGAGACGAGGUCGACGCACCGCCGAGCAGAGAUGUGUCCACUUUGCCCCCGAACCCCUCUCAAAGAGCAGGAGUUUACACACCAUUCAUGAAGCUCAUGGAGAUGACUGCAAAUUUAAACAUACUAUCAGUGAUGUCCUCGUCGUGGACGGAACCUCAGGGGAAGGUUGGAGACCUGAGAAGCCAGAGCACACAGAAACUCCAGGAGCUGCUGCUGAAACAGGAAAACAUUCUCUCCAAUAGGAGGUUAUUACAGAAUCUUUCUGACAGAGGGAAAAAAGUUCAAGAUUUUGCAGAUAAACUGCGUUUCACCAUUGAACAGCGCAUUGAAGAGGAAAGGAGACGGGAUCAAGAUCAGCAAGGUGAAGGACAGGACUCACGAGAAAUGGAAAACUCACCAGAUAACACCAUUCUUGAAAAGCGACAGGAUACAUCUGCUGCAGAACACUCUCUCAAGUCUGAAGAGACAAAUGAAAGUGAGCUUUUGCAAGCCCUGGACAGGGUUCAGUUAUCCAAGUUCAAAGAACAAUUGAACACCAGAGAGACAACCAAUUACUUUAUCCCAAAGACAACACAGAAGAAGCCUCACUAUGUUACUGUCCUGGAUAAAGGACAGUCCUCUUCACAUGCUGUUGAGCAAAGAUUUAAAACAAAUCAGCUCCCCAACAGAAAUUACGUUCCCCCCUCAGGAUCCUCAUCGACAGGCCAGCCCUUUGGAGAUGCAGUGGCGCUCUCCGCUCAGGCCAGGAGGGAGCAGGACAGAAAACACCUUGAUGAUGUCACUGCAGCCAAGCUCCCUCCUCUUUGCCACAAUCCCGCCCAGCUCCUGACUCUGGAAGAGUCGGCUGCUUUACUUGUAGAACACACCAAAAAACAGCAGGAGUUGCAGGCUAAGGUGGCAGCACAGAGGCUAUCCGAGAGACAACAAACCGCCAUGGGGGUCUACACUCCUGAUGGUGGUGCCAUGAGGGCCUACAGAGAGGUGCAUGAUGGAGGAGCACAGCUUUCCUCAGAGGAGGACUGAUCUCUGACUUUUAUUUAGAGAUGCCUCCAUCUGGACCUUUCGUACCUCUUAGUAUGCAGGAGAUGUGGAUAGACUGAGCUCAGGAAACCAAAUGUUAGAGUAGGACAGUGUCUCAUUUGGAUCUGUUAAGCUCAGUUCUUCUCAAUUUCUGCUUCAGCUGAUUUUCUUUAAAAUAAAAAAAAUGCACUUAAAGUUGAUUAACAAGUGGAACUGACUGUUUUGGGACAUUGUGACUGUUUACAGCUGUACCAGCAGACGUAAGCUGAAUAAAAAACAUCAGACUUUGUGUAA